AUGGCGAGCAGUCGGGGUUUACAAAAGCGCAAGGUAGACUUGGAGUUCUACCUGCAUCGUGUCUUCCGCAAGACCUCUUUUCGUCCGCUGCAACGAGAAGUUAUCACUGCGGUUCUUGAUGGCCAUGAUGUCUUUCUACAAGCUGCUACCUCGUUUGGUAAAAGUCUAUGUUUUCAACUUCCAGCCGUUAUCGGCAGUGGCUUGACGAUUGUUAUUUGUCCCCUUCUUGCACUGAUGAUGGACCAGGUCAAUGCUCUGGAAUCCAUUGGUGUACCAGUCUCAACAAUAAACUCUAAUACUCCACAAGCAGAGAGACGCUUGAUCAUGGAUGAUAUGCUCUCAGGCCAUCCUCGCACACGUCUUCUUUACGUGACACCGGAACUAUGUCAAAUGGAUAGCUUUCGACGCAACCUCCAAGUGGUCCACCAGCAAGGCCAACUAACCCGCGUUGCAAUCGAUGAAGCCCAUUGUAUCAGUGAAUGGGGGCAUGACUUCCGCACAGCAUACCAAGCGUUAGGCUGGUUCAAAAAGAAUCUUGUUAACCCUCCUGUUUCGAUAACAGCAGUCACAGCGACAGCUACACCUCGGGUGCGCUCUGAUAUCAUUAACAUACUGGGACUCGACACUACCCAGCUCAGACUCUUCAAUACGCCAUCUGCCCGUCCUAACAUCCACUAUGAGGUCCGCUAUCUCGGACUCGCCGACGAUGACAGGUUUGGGUUCAACCCCGACGAGGUCCAGUUGCGUAACAUUCUCGCAUGGCUCAAAUCAAUUAGAGACAGACGAGAAGCACGUAUCGGCGCCGAAGCAUCAUGUCUGUCGCCGAUGACAGGAAUCAUAUAUGUUGGGUUGCGCGCAUUAUCAGAAUCGCUCGCGAACGAACUAUCAAGAGAGGAGAGUAUUUCAGCGGUAGCAUACCAUGCAGGCCUCGCACCACAAGACAGAACACGCAUCCAAGCGAUGUGGACCUCGUCACAACCAUAUUUACCAGCCAACAAUAGGGGAACUAAACCCACUUUCUCCAUCAUCGUUGCAACGAACGCCUUCGGAAUGGGAAUUGAUAAUCCGCACGUACGAUUUGUCGUCCACUGGACACCGCCACGUAGCUUUGAGGGUUUCGUGCAGGAGUCAGGUCGCGCAGGUCGUGAUAACCGUGCAGCCGCAUCACUUGUUUAUUACAACGUGAGUGAACGAGACCGUAUGUAUGACCGUAUGAACCGCGACUCAGAUAAUAUGCGCAACCGCGGAGGGUCAAAGCUCUAUAUCGAUGGUCUGCUCAAGAAUCAAGAGGCUCGCCUUGAGAGUUUUACUAAAGUUGUUCGCUACUGCGAGGCUGUCACUAGAUGCCGACAUGAACUGAUCAAGGACUUCUUUGGGGAUUUUGAGCUUGAGGAAAUGGGCUCGCAACAGCCACCGUCUUCACAAAUUAUAAUGUUGGAUGGAUCUCGUAAAACAACACCAUCUCCAUGUGAUUUUGCCUGCGACUACUGUAAAGAGGGCCGCCAAGCCUUGACAAAAAGGAAGAGGAAGAUGACUGAUGCUAUCCAGCGAUAUAUGCUAGACGAUGGGUCUGUUUGA